UAUUCAGCCAAUCAUGGAACAUCUUGAAUCAAAUUUAAACCAAACAGUUUUACGCAGUGUUUAAUAAACCACCAUGAGAGCAGUACAGAUAAAAUUAGCAAUCUUGGUUUUGGUAGUUGGUUUAGCGGACUGUUUGCCUCAAAAUUAUGAAGAUAUUGAGAUGAGCAAAGAUCAACCAAAGGGGGAAAAGGUGUCAAUAUCUCAGAGCAAUCCAAACAGCAACUCAAUACAUGUUGCCCAUAACAACCCCGACGGAAGUGAUAUUUCUAUAACCCAAACCAAACCAUACAAUACUUCAGUUCACAUCAGCCUUAAUGUAGGCAAAGAUUCGAAGGUAAAGGUAAAGAUGACUGAUGCAGUUAAUCUUCAACUUCAUAUCAGCUUCAACGGGAUGACCAACAGUGAAUGCGAGGUUAUGAUAGAUGGAACGUACAACACAACUGUACAUGUUUCCUUCCAAAAUCCUGUAAAUACGCCAGUCAAGGUGAUUAUGGAUAAUGCAAGAGUAAGCUUCCUCCAUGUCAGCCAAAAUAUCCCAACCAACAGUCCUAUGGAGGUUAUGAUGAAGAAGCCCGUUAACUCACAGAUCCACAUCAGCCAGGCUGUACCCCGCAGUAGUCCUCUUACCUGGAAUAUGGCUGGAGAUGAAACAAAAAACCAGAUUCAUGUUGCGCAGAAUGCCGCGGAUGGGAGCAGUGGACUUAACUGCAGCCCUGCCUGCCCGCAAGACAAAGGGACAAGCUCAGAUUAUGAUUAUAACGAUGAGUCAUCUCAACAUGACGUCCAAGCACCAAGUGCUGGUCAAACUCAAGGAGGUGGUCAUGGUCAAACAACACGUGGUGGUCAAUUAACACAAGGUAGCCAGGCUCAACGAAUCAAUCAAAAUUCUAAGAAAGGGAAUAGAAAUUCUGCUCUAAGAUCACAGAAUGCUGUUAAAAAUGGCGUCAACAGCCGAUCAUCUAACCAGAACAGUUCCAUAAAAGGAAAAAAGCCUCAGAAAAAUACAAGCUCAUCUUCUCGAAGAGGAGGCAAUACAAAGAAUAAUGGUGCUGGACAAAAUCAAGUAAACAAUAGAAGCGGAAGUACAGGAGGAAAAGGGGGUAAUCAGACAAAAAGUACGGAGAAUGGUGCAGGGAAAAAUGCCAAAGGAUGUCCAGGGGGAUCGAAGGGAGCAUGUGAAACUGGCUGCCCGGGAAAUCUUGGAACUAGAGUAACUCAAGCUUGCAAAUUAUCUUGCUCAAAGAGAUGCUAAAUCCUAUUGCAGUGAAAACCAUGAUUUUUAGGGGGAUUUAGUCCCCAACGUGGACUGAGCCCCCCCCCCCCACAUUAGACAAACUCCUACAUUACAAUAUUAAUAUUAUUUCUUGAGGAAGAAAAAAAAUUGAUGACCGACGACUAGUUCACAACAAAUUUCUGCAUUCUGUACAAUUACAUUUUACAUGUAUUAUAUAUUUUGUGACCUUAAUACAUACCAUGUAUGUACCUGUUGUGUUUUAAUCCUCGAAAAAUGUUAACAAAAAUUUUAAAUGAUAAUGAUAAUAAUAGUGAAACUUCAGUGCGA